AACCAAAAGUAUCGUUUUCAACAAUAUGCAAAAGACGCAGUGAAAAAGUCAUUAUCAGAGAUGCAAGCAAGAAAUAACUUUUCAUUUGACGAGGAACAACUCCCCAAUGUUGGCUAUAGCACCACUCAAAUUGAAUUGAUUUUGGAAAAAUUCAGAAGAAGAGGAAGAAUCGUUAUUUUACUGUUGGAUGAGGAUCAAAUGUUGGCUGUGUUGAGGACAUCAGCAAAAGUUGGGUUUGAUAAGAAGCAGUUUGUUUUCCUUGUGACGUAUGAGCUCAUACCAACGCAGGACAAAGUUGUGACGCCAUGGUUACGUGAUAAUGGCUGCAAGCAUGUCCGAUGAUAUAAAAUGGAAGGAUGGUUUAACAGCAAAAGAAUUCAGAUCGCAAAUGCCGAAGAGGAUGUCUCAA